GGCUCCUCGGUGGCUUGGUGGCGAGGGGGCAGCCUGGAGCCGGCGCCAUGGAUCGCUUCGUCUGGACCAGCGGCCUCCUGGAAAUCCACGAGAACCUCGUCACGCAGCAGCGCGGGGUCCGCCUCUACGAUGGGGAGGAGAAGGUGAAGUUUGAUGCUGGGGUAUUGCUGUUGAGUACACACAGAUUGAUCUGGAGAGAUCAGAAGAAUCAUGAAUGCUGUAUGGCUAUUCCACUUUCUCAAAUUGUUUUCAUUGAAGAACAAGCAGCUGGGAUAGGAAAAAGUGCCAAAAUAGUGGUCCAUCUUCAUCCAGCUACUUCCAACAAGGAUCCUGGCCCUUUCCAGAGUAGCAAAUAUUCUUAUAUCAAACUUUCAUUCAAAGAACAUGGUCAGAUAGAGUUUUAUAGACGGCUAUCAGAAGAAAUAACGCAACGGAGGUGGGAGAACACACCUGCUUCUCAGACCAUUCAGAUUAACAGAGGUCCACAGACUGGAAGAAUAAGGGCUGCAGGAAUAGUUGGUAUUGAGAGGAAAUUAGAAGAAAGAAGAAAAGAGAUGGAUAAAAACAUAUCUGAGGCAUUUGAAGACCUCAGCAAACUAAUGGAAAAGGCUAAAGAAAUGGUGGAAUUAUCUAAAUCGAUUGCUAAUAAGAUCAAAGACAAGCAAGGUGACAUCACUGAGGAUGAGACUAUCAGGUUUAAAUCCUAUCUCUUGAGUAUGGGUAUAGCUAAUCCAGUUACUCGAGAAACCCAUGGAUCUGGCACACAUUACCAUAUGCAACUGGCAAAGCAACUAGCUGGUAUUUUACAGGCCCCUUUGGAGGAGCGGGGAGGAAUAAUGUCUCUCACAGAAGUAUACUGUUUGGUGAAUCGGGCUCGAGGCUUAGAGUUGCUUUCACCUGAAGAUCUAGUAAAUGCGUGUAAGAUGUUAGAAGCACUGAAAUUGCCUUUAAGGCUACGUAUAUUUGACAGCGGUGUUAUGGUGAUUGAGCUCCAGUCCCACAAUGAAGAGGAGAUGGUGGCUUCUGCUUUAGAGACAGUCUCUGAGAAGGGGUCUCUCACAGCAGAAGAGUUUGCAAAGCUCGUGGGAAUGUCUGUACUUCUAGCCAAAGAAAGGCUGCUUCUAGCAGAAAAGAUGGGCCAACUUUGCAGAGACGAUUCUGUGGAAGGCUUGCGAUUCUAUCCAAAUUUAUUUCUUACACAAAGUUAACAAUCUAUGUAUUCCCCCCUCCAAUUCCAUUACAGUCAUCUCAGGCAGUUGAACAAAAGAAUAUAGAAUGAUCUACUUUUUUCACCAAAGGACUGUCAAGACUUAUAAAAUUACAACUUGCGGUGUGUUUGAGUCUUCACGGGAAAUUCACCUAGUAGACUUACUGGACACGCUACCUAAGCCGGUUUUGUUUUUACUUAUGGAGGAAGGAAAUGAUGCGAUGCAGGAAAGGAGGGGAAUUGUCACCAAGGACACUGGAGCAGGCAGAGUGUGAUGCACGCUAUUUCCUUACUGUAUUUUUCUCCAUGCUGGUACUGUGGAUUCCGUAUCUGCAACUCCAUAUCAGUGAUGUAUCACAGCCAGAGAUCACUUAUAUCAACAUCACUCAAAAUUACAGUGUGUUUGCUCUUUCUAGUUAGUACAGAAUUGGUUCCCUUGGGAAAUAACACACUUGGAAGGAACAAAAAUCUCUCUGAGAAACGCAGAGAUUGUUGCUUUCUACUGGAUGUAAAGGAUCAUGGUGAAUUCAUGCAGUUUCCUUCCUUCCUUUUGUUCUUUGAUUCUCCGCUCCAUGAUGUGUUGCUAUUUUUGUCCAUUCUUUUUUAUAACUGUGAAGGAGAGCAUUUUAAAACAGUAUAGUGGAUUGUUUUUCUUCUAUUAUUAAAAUAAUCAUUGA